AUGGCUCCAAUGGUGCCUCUUGAUCACUGGAUAUGGUGGUUCACCGAACGCCUCUACAGCCUCCCGGCUCCUCCACGGAGAAAACGGAGCAAGCCAAUGGAGGUCAUCUGCGUCGGUCCUCCUCGGUCCGGCACAGAAUCCUUACAACAAGCACUACUAGACCUAGGCUAUGACUAUACGUACCAUGGCUGGGACAUCGUCUACGAUAUCCCUACUCCGGCUCCUGGCUGGGUCCGCCUCGCUCGGAAGAAAUGGUACGCCGAAGGGCGGGACCAUACGUUCCCAGCCUUGAACGUUCCCACGAUCACGAGGGAGGAUUUUGACGAAUUGAUAGGGCAUUGCGUCGCUGUCACAGAUGCAGCAGCAAGCUGCUUCGCGGCCGAAAUGAUAGCAGCAUACCCCGAAGCAAAGGUCAUCCUCAACGUAAGGCGGGAUAUGGAUGCUUGGCACCGCAGCGCCGUGACGACGUUGGUCGGGGUGAAUAAGAGCUGGGGCUUCUACAUCGCAAGUUGGCUCAAUCGAGAAUGCUUCUGGGCGUGGCAUGUCUACGAAAGGUUUCUCUGGCCGCUUCUCUUCAGAGCCCCGGACGGCAACAUGGCAAAGGCCAUUGAACGGAAUGGCAAAUGGGUGUAUAGAGAACACUGCGCCAUGAUCAAAGGUUUAGUGUCGGCCGAUCGGUUGUUGGAGUGGAGUGUUGAUGAGGGUUGGGAUCCUUUGUGCAAAUUCUUGGGCAAGGCCGUGCCGGAUAAGCCGUUCCCACAUGCAAACGCCCUGUCAGGCGGAUGGAAGGCCCGUGAGGAGAUGUGCAAUAAGCGAUGGGUAGAAGGAGCCUUCCUGACUAUGUUCUGGGCUCUGGCGGGGCUUUUGGCGAUGGGGCUUGUUGUUAGGUAUUACUUGUAA